AUGGAAAGUGGAACACCCAUACUUCUCUGUCCACGGUUCAUGAUAGCCCUUGUUGUUUUGAUCUUUUCCCUUGCUGCUAGCAAUGCAAAGUCUGAUCAUCUUUGUCCCGCUUCUUCUUGUGGCAAUAUCCCUAAUAUAAGCAGGCCUUUCAGGCUUAAAACCGAUCCGGAAAAGUGUGGCCACUCAAGGUAUGAGCUUUCUUGCGAGCACAAUCUCACCCUAGUAUACUUUUCUUCUGUAAAAUACUUGGUAAAGGCCAUAAAUUACAACAAUAACACGAUCCGAGUUGUUGACGCCAAUGUUCACAAGGAUAAUUGCUCCUCUCUCCCUAAACAAUAUUUUGAUUUCUAUCCAUAUCAAGAUGAUUACGAAACCAGGCAAGAAAUACGGCAAAAGAAACAUCAGACUUUCUUUCGCCAACUUACAAAGACUAUAAUAUUCUUGAGAUGUGAAAAUCGAGUGAAUUCCCAUCUUUAUGUAGACACUGCUCCUUGCUUCAAUGUUACUCGUAUGUUUCGCUCCAAAGACUCUGCUAAUUAUUCGUCCCAGUACAUCAAAAGACAGUCUGAUUAUUAUUAUUAUGUGGUCGAUGGUGGCUUAAAUGCUUCUGAUUUGGAUACUUCCUGCCGUAUGGAGCUAAAGAGUUUCAUGGCGCCAAAUGGAACGGAUAUUAUUAGCAAGAAUACUUCCUACAUGGAUAUUCAUAAUGCGCUUGCCGAUGGGUUUGAGCUUACAUGGUUGCGAC